AUGCUAUCCAUCAAGAUUCUUUAUUCUGUUCUGCUUGUAUGCGCAGCUCAAGCGAGAUGGACACCCGACUUACUCCAAUCAGAUAUGCUCUCAAAGCUCUCAGACCGUUUGACUACCAGUGAUCCACGAACGCAAACCAUUUGGAGUUUUGACAAUUGCGGUCUUGAAACCGAUGCUAUCACCAUUGAUAGCUUUGAAGUAUCACCCGAUCCACCACAGCCCGGUAAAAAGCUCACUAUCACUGCAAGCGGCACAGCCAACGAAAGAAUCGAGGAAGGAGCUUAUGCAGAUGUGGUAGUCAAACUUGGUUCAUUUAUUAAAAUCUUACACAAGCAAUUUGACAUUUGUGAGGAGCUCCGAAAUGCCAACGCCACACUCCAAUGUCCUCUUGAACCUGGUCAGCACCACAUCAUUCAUACCGUCGAAUUACCUCGUGAAAUCCCUCGCGCCAAGUUCACUGUCGAGGCUCGAGCUUAUACUCAAUAUGAUGAUGACAUGGCUUGUGCAAAUGUAGUGAUUGAUUUCAUGAAGCCUGAUGAGACACUGUGA